CUCGCUGUCAAAACUAAUAUAGAAACAGGGAAUCCUAUUUUAACGGUAAAAUUCGCGGAACUCCACACGAGCUCAUCCUAUAGGAAAUAUGACUUCUUCAAACUCCGACCAGCGGCUUGACCACCUUCUGAGCGUUGUGGAGAGCGAGUUUCAAAGGGGGAGCGAGAAAGGAGACGCCUCGGAGAGGGAUAUUAAACUGGGACUAGAAGACGCGGAAUUAUGGACCAAGUUUAAAGAACUAACCAACGAAAUGAUCGUCACCAAGACUGGCAGGUAGGCUAUGGUUGUUAUUUUGCUGUUAGCUACGGAUCAAAAUGAGGCCUUCGAGGCCUAUUGGUCUGCCUCAUUAAAAGCAAAGUUUAUCUGGAGAGAUCGUAGCGCGCAUUUACGCACGACUUUACGAACUGAUGCGCCCAGGUUAGAUAUGCAACAGACAUGUUCACCCUUUCAGAAUAGUCUGGAUGAGAAUGUGUUGGCUAUAGGCCCCAUCUAUGCUUCACUGUGGCAACUUGAAUACCAUGUCAAUAAUUAGGCCUAAAGCGCAACGGUUGUCAAAUCUUAUAAAACCUAUUAUUAGGAUAAAGUAAAGUGCCCCGAAGUGGCACCCUUUUUAAUGCAAAUAAAUAUACCUGCCAAAUAAUUCAAUCAUAAAGACCAACGGCUGAGUCAACAUAACAUAAUAUUUGUGCUUGCUUAGGGUAUAUGUUUAUUUUAACAACGUUAUUUUAACCUACAGGCGGAUGUUUCCAGUGCUCAGAGCGAAUGUGAGCGGCUUGGACCCCAACGCCAUGUAUUCAGUCCUAUUGGACUUCGUGGCUGCAGACAACAACCGGUGGAAGUACGUGAAUGGCGAGUGGGUUCCCGGUGGCAAGCCCGAGCCACAGAGCCCUAGCUGCGUCUACAUCCACCCAGACUCGCCAAACUUCGGAGCACACUGGAUGAAAGCGCCUGUCUCAUUCAGCAAAGUGAAACUGUCCAAUAAACUUAACGGGGGAGGACAGGUAAGGCCCCAAUUUUCUUUGUUUGUAUUUGCAGUAUGCGUAUUUAUUACUAUGUAAAUCUUUAUCUCCCGAGUGGCGCAGUAGUCUAAGGCACUGGAUUGCAGUGCUAGCUGUGCCACUAGAGAUCCUGGUUCGAAUCCAGGCGCUGUCGUAGCUGGCCGCGACCUGGAGACCAAUGGGGCGGCGCAUAAUUGGCCCAGCGUCGUCCAGGAUAGGGGAGGGAAUGGCCGGCAGGGAUGUAGCUCAGUUGGUUGAGCAUGGCGUUUGCAACGCCAGGGUUGUGGGUUCAAUUCCAACGGGGGGCCAGUAAAAAAUUAAUAAAAUAAUAAUAUAUAUAAAAUAGAAUAAUGUUUGCACUCACUAACUGUAAGUCGCUCUGGAUAAGAGCGUCUGCUAAAUAAGUAAAAAAAAAAAAAGGUAAAUCAAUUUAAAGACAACUUGGUAGGCUAGUUCAGAUUGCCCUGCUCUCUCAGAGCUAAUGAUGCUGUGCUGAAUUACAAAGUUAGGCCUUUUCUGGGGGAAAACGGUGUCCAUUUCAUGGCAAAUCAACUUCACAAUUUUUUAUUAGGCAUCUGUUGGACCACAUUGAUCUGCUAUCUUACUAAUUUUGAGUGUGUGUUUUAGAUCUUUGUUGUUGAUUGUACUUUAUUGGAUAUGAUUAAAAUAAUGUAUAAUUUCUCUCUAGAUCAUGCUGAACUCUCUGCACAAGUAUGAGCCCAGGAUACACAUUGUGAAGGUUGGAGGGAUCCAGAAGAUGAUCAGUAGCCAGUCUUUCCCUGAGACUCAGUUCAUUGCUGUCACUGCUUACCAGAAUGAAGAGGUCAGUUGGCCUGAAUAACACAGUCACAGAGAUAAUCAUUGCUCACAAUAAAAAAAGCAUUAUAUUGUGUUCAGCUUACAAUGAAGGAAGAAAAUAAUAUUAGCUGUCAUAUUUAUGUACCUUCUAGAUAACUGCGUUGAAGAUCAAACACAAUCCAUUCGCUAAAGCUUUCCUCGACGCCAAAGAGAGGUAAGAGGAAGAGACUGAUAUUGUGUCAGCAAUAUGCUUUUUAUGUAUUUAUUAGAUUUUGUGUGCCAAUUCUGAUGUUAUGUUUUCAAUUUUAGGAGCGACCAUAAAGACAUGCCAGAUCAUGGUGGAGACAGUCAACAGUCUGGUUAUUCUCAACGUAAGUCUUCUAUUCAGUCUCGCAACAUCAACCACAUUACAGAAACUCUUUCUAUACCGCUCCGUUUCAAUUCCAACAAUCAAACCAAGUCAUUAUAUUUCACAUAAUUUUCAAACACACUAUUCUUAAACAUUCAGAAAAUAAUGAUCAUCAUACAUCUUCAUUUUCAAAGCCUUCCAUGUCCCCAAGGAAACUGUACAUAGAGAACAGUAUGAAAAAAGGAACCGUAUUAACAAAACCAUUUUCAUUAUUUUCUUCCUUUCAGUUGGUGGUUGGUUCCUACCUGGUAACGGCCCUAUGUGCUCCAGCAGCAGCCCCCCUCCAUUCAGUGGGGCCCCUGGCCACUCCUCAGGGUCCUACUGUGAGAGGUACUCCAGCCUGAGGGGCCACAGGUCCGCCCCCUACCCCAGCCACUACCCACACCGCUCCUCCAGCUCAAGUAAGAACCUCCUCUACCCAACCCAGCACUCUGUGAAUGCACUGUUUACUGUUUAUUCUGAUCACUAGUCAGACCCAUAGGUACAGCAUGGGGAUUUCAAGAUGUUGGUUAAUAAAAUAUGUUUGAGAAAUCACCCGUAAAGGAAAUUCAUUGUUUUGAUCAGAGAAAUGUUUCGUAUACUGUUUUUAAUCAUUUCUCUAUGUACUUUAUUGUUUAGACAACUACAUGGACAACUCGUCGGGAGCCCUGCCCAGCCAUGACAGCUGGUCAGCCCUGCAGAUCCCUAACUCCACUGGGAUGGGAACCCUGUCCCACACCACCAACUCCACAUCCAACUCCAGGUAUGGCAACACAUGGUCAUAGUUGAUCGUAUAUACGUUUCUGAUAUCACUGUUUAGUUUUCCGCACUUUCCUGACUACAUGACUUGAUCAGGAAACAUUCUGGGCCCUAGGCCUAGACCUUUACUAGGCCCAGAUUUCUAAUCAAACCCAAUCCUCACUCUCUCUCUCUCCUUACAGCCAGUAUCCUAGCCUAUGGUCUGUUGCCGGGACGACCCUAGCUCCUUCCGGCUCCGCCUCUGGUUCCAUCGCUGGCGGCCUGACCAACCAGUUCCUGCGAGGCUCCUCCUACACAGGCCUGACCUCCUCCCUGCCCGUAUCCUCACCAUCCUCCAUGUACGACCCCAGCCUUAGUGAGGUGGGUGUAGGAGUGGGCGAGGCCCAGUUCGAAAGCUCCAUCGCCAGGCUCACCGCCUCCUGGGCACCCGUGGCUCAGAGCUACUGA